UAAAAUUGUGAUGACCCAAAUCCUAACCCAAAGAAUUCAGGUCGAAGCCCAAAUCCAUUCCUAGAGGCCCAAGGUAUUUUUUUUAUAAAAACCCACAUUUAUCCACUUUAGUUCCUCACAAACUUCAUGCAAAAGAAGAAGAAGAGUUAGAGAGAGAGUGAGCUAAGAGAAGAGGUGUGAUCUUUUACAGUGAGUGGGUCGCCGGAGCUCGUCGCCGGAGCAACCGUGUGCCGUGAUCACGUUCAGCUCGACACCACCGUUCGCAACCCUAGACCACCAUCGUGUUCCUCCCGUCGAGACGAAGCCGUAGACACCAACCACGCCGCAAUCGGAGCCCGGACGAAACCGCUAGAGCCUCCCGAAGUUUCGCCUCUGCACGAGCGUGAAACGCACGCGCCAUCGCCGUCCGCCGGAGCCACCGCGCAUCCCGGCCACUCGCCGCCGUCUCCGACCAACGUUCGCCGGAGCCGCCGUGACCGGCCACCGUCCGUUCGCCGCCGAGAAGCUGCCGCCGCGUCGCCGUCUCGCCGCCGUCGCCGCCGUUGAUUUUCCGGUAAGCCGCCGCCACCCUCCGCCGUCGCCGCCGGUGACAAUUGUCCGGUGACUCGCCGACGACUCGCCAACUCGGCUGAUUCGACCCGGUGAGUCAACUCGGUGACUCGGUUAACCGAUUGGAUUGACUGGUUUAAAUUGAUUUAGGGUUGGUUAGGUUAAACCGCCGGUUAAAAUCAAUUGGAUUACGGUUAAGAUAAACCGGUUAGAUAGAUUAAUUAAUUAAUUAAUCAAUUGAUGGUUAAGGUAAACCGGAUGGUCCAAUUGGAAUCGAUUUCGGGUGAGUUAAACCGGUUGGUUUAAAUCAAUUCCAAUCUGGUCAAGGGUUGACCGGUUUGGGUCAGAGUUGACCGGGUUGACCUUUGACCAGCGUGUUGACUUUUCCGUAAACCUUGACUAAACCCGUUUUAAACCGUUCGAAAGCCGUUCCGACUCAGAAUUUCGCCCUGAUUUCAGAUUUGGAAUCUAUUUGAGCAGCUGGAGUUCAUAGAUACCACGUCUUCUUGUUGCUAAGGUGAGACCGAUGAGCAGGAGUGAUUAUACCGGACCGGUGCUUUUGGGCUUUUACUACUAUCGAGCUUUGGACUUCUAUCCAUUUUAUCGUUUUAUCGCUUUUGGGCCUUGGGCUCCUAUCUAUCGUUUAUGUUAUCUCGUAUUUCGAACUUUCGGUUUAUGUCAUACUUUAUAUUUCGGAUGUUAUCGUUAUUGGGCCUUUAAGCCUUGUGAUACUAUAUUGACUUUUAUAUUUAUAAAUGGAGAUUUCAUAAACUAUUAUUUAUCGAAUUGUUUUUAUUAUUUCGAAAGUGACGGGUGUCACAGUUUUGGUAUCAGAGCGGGGUUCCAUCCCGGCUCCGACCCGGGAUGGCGAUUUUGGAGACUUGGUUUUAUUUGGUUUUAUUCGAUUUUAACGGUUUUAGACGAUUUCAAAAUAUUUUCGGGGAUUUGGGAAUUUUGAAAACAAAAAUAAAUAGCACCUUUUCGUUCGGUAUCUCUCCUCUUUAAAUGUUGUAUCAAGAAUUCAACAGAAGCUUACUUUUUCGCUUUCCCUUUCAGAUGCCGCCUAGGAAGAGAGUUGUUCGUACUCAGACCGUCAGAGACGCUAGAGAGGUUGAGGCUGAGAACGAGCAUGUCCAGCCCGCAGUUCCGCAGCAGGCGGCUCCGCCUAUUGAUCAGGACGCUUUGACACAGAUGGUUCAGGAUGCGGCUAGGCAGGCUGCACAGGAGGCAGUCCAGCAAGCUGCCCAUGAGGCUGCCCGAGUAGCUGCUCAGGAGGUUGCCAGACAGAUGGCUGCAGUUCAGCAGGGUCAGCAAAUUCCACAUGGUCCUCAGGUUCAGGUGCAGCAGGGUCCGCAGAUUCACAUGCAGCAGGCCCCACCUGUUCAGGUUCAGCAUGAUCAUCAGGUUCCACAUCAGCCGGCUCCAGCUCCGCAGUAUCCUCAGGUUCCCGUUCAGCCUGUUCCAGGAGUUUUUCAGGUUCCACCGCCACCACCUGCUUUCCCAGUUCAGGUGCCCGAGGUUGAUGAGACAUUUAUCAGGGUGUUGGGACAGAUGAAGUAUGUGAGUUUGGAGCAUUUCAGUGGGACGACGGAACCUACAGUUGCUCACGAUUGGAAGCACAGUUUGGAUAAGUGUUUGAAGACCAUCUCGUGCCCGCCAAGGCUCAAGCUUAACAUCGCUGAGCUUUAUUUGCGUGGAGAUGCAUCAAUCUGGUGGGAUGGAGUGAGAUUGAUGCACCGUGGUGAGCUGACAUAUGAUGAUUUUCUGUACGCGUUCAACAAGAAGUAUUUUCCGAGAGAAGCUUUGCAUGAGAAGAAGAAUGACUUCGAGCAUUUGAGGCAAGGAGCAAAGUCUGUGAGGGAGUAUGAGCGGGAGUUUAACCAACUCCGCAGAUUUGUGGGUAACACCAUUGAUGAGGAGGAUCUGAUCAGGAGGUUCUUAGAUGGGAUGCGAGUAGAGCUUCGUGGUAGAUGCAGUGUGGUUACCUACACCAGUUUGGAGGAUCUGGUAGAGAAGGCGGCUGUGCAAGAGAAAUGCAUGGUAGAGGAACAGAAGUUCUCCAAAGGAGUUCAGCCUAAGGCCGGAGGGACUUCGGGAUCACAGAAGAGGACUUGGGAACAGACUGGAGUACCCCAUUGUGGGCGUUGUCGUCGCCAGCAUUUUGGGGAAUGUCUCCAGUGCUUUAACUGUGGUCUGUUUGGGCAUAUCUCGAAGAAUUGUAGGAAGCCGCCACGUACUCAGGUUGCAGCGCCAGCAGCGGCAGUAGCACCAGCAGUGGCAGCGAGGAACUGUUACGGAUGCAACCAGCCUGGUCACAUUUACAGAGAUUGUCCGAGGAGGGGCAAUGCAGCGCUUCCACCACCACCGAAGCGUCCAGCCAUCGCUCCACGCGUGUUUGCGGUUGGAGAUCCCCAGGGAGCUGAGCCGAUAGCGGGUAUGUGACUUUUCCAUACUUAUUGUCUUUG